CACAAUCCGCCCAGUCGAGAAGGUGACGGUUUUCCAUGACGGCAGACAAGGUGGUGCGAGGGAACACACCUUUUCUUUCUAACCAUCCAACGCACGAGGUCAAGAGGUCAGGCAAUUUCUCUAUCACCGGCUUUGCCCGUCUCUUGGACCCCCCACAGAGAUCGUCGCUAUGGAGAUACGGAUAUAAAGGUGCACCUGUUAAUGAACGAGACGGGGAAUUAAACUGCGGAGGAUUUGAUCAUCAAUGGUUGACCAUAGAAGACGAAGGGUGUUGUGGCCCUUGUGGAGAUCCAUGUGAUGGUGAACGCGAAAACGAGGAUGAUGGGAAGUACGCAGUCGGCAUCAUCGCCGGAAGUUUCCAACCUGCAGCCUCCGUGACGGUGAGGGUAGAAAUAUGGCCGCCUCAACAGUUGGGGUAUUUCGAGUUCCGCCUGUGCGACCUUGACGAAAUCAAGGGGCCGGCAACUCAAGCUUGUUUUGACAAGAACCUGCUGGUUAUUGAAGAUCUUAAUGAGACGCAGUACUAUCCUGGCAGCUUCAACGGAACAGUCGUCUCCAAAGUUCUUCUCCCACCUGCCAUCACAUGUGAACACUGUGUUUUACAGUUCAAGUAUAACACAGGUUAUCGAUAUGGUGGAAAGAACUGUCCCUUCCGAGGUUGUGGGCCUCAGGAACAGUUUUAUAACUGUGCAGACAUUCGCAUUCAGAACACUUUGAGCACGACCAAUUCCCCACCACAGUCAACAGCAUCUAGUGUGGAGCUAUCGAGCUCAAGCGUGUUUCCAACUAGUGCAGACAAGUCUCUUAUCAUGGAGACAUCAUCAGCGGACACUAGUGUAAGCGAUUCAACCUCCUCUAUGUUUGAGACAUCAAUAGCUCCAUCGUCAUCAUCGGACUUCAGUGUGAGAAUACAAAGCUCAAGCAUGCUUCCUUCAAGUGCAGAGACGUCUCUCAUGGAGACAGCAACAUCAUCAAGUGGGACUCUUAUGAGCGACCCAUCCUCCCCAAUCAUGAUAACAACCACAUCAACACCCGAACAGAGCGUACAACUUACAAGCUUGAGCGAACCAGCCUCGACGAUCAUAGAUACAUCCACAGCAUCAUCGUCACAAAGCUUAGAAACACCUUCAUCCCUAUCGACAAGUGUUGACAUCCUUCCAUCUUCAACGCUUCCAGUAAGUAGUUCUGAUGGGGGAAUCACCACUCUAAUCCUGUCCAUCCCUCCACUGUUUACGACGAGCAUAGAGGUGAACAGUGCAGUGUCUGGACAUACUCCGUCCUUCUCGCCGGGACUCUCCAGUGGCUUGUCAACUCUUGCAGCGUCUCCCAGUAGUGUUACUAUUGAGACCUCAUCUGUGAAUGACGUUACACCUACCAUGACGACAACACCUGGUACAACUGCAGCAGAUACAUCCUCCACCACUCCCCCGACAUCAUCUGAAGAAUCAACGACAGAAGUGUCAACCACUUCCCCGACAUCAUCUGAAGAAUCAACGACAGAAGUGUCAACCACUUCCCCGACAUCAUCUGAAGAAUCAACGACAGAAGGCUCAACCACUGCCUCAACAACGACAGAAGGCUCAACCACUGCCUCAACAACGACAGAAGGCUCAACCACUGCCUCAACAACGACAGAAGGCUCAACCACUGCCUCAACAUCCGAAGAAUCAACCACUGCAUCGACAACGACAGAAGGUUCAACCACUGCCUCAACAACGACAAAAGGCUCAACCACUGCCUCAACAACGACAGGAGGCUCAACGACUGCCUCAACAUCCGAAGAAUCAACCACUGCAUCGACAACGACAGAAGGUUCAACGAAUGCCUCAACAACGACAGAAGGUUCAACCACUCCCUUAAAAACGACAGAAGGCUCAACCACUGCCUCAACAUCCGAAGAAUCAACCGCUGCAUCGACAACGACAGAAGGUUCAACCACUGCCUCAACAACGACAGAAAGUUCAACCACUGCCUCAACAUCCGAAGAAUCAACCACUGAAUCGACAACGACCGAAGAAUCAACCAUAGCCUCGACAACGACAGAAGGCUCAACCACUGCCUCAUCAUCCGAAGAAUCAACCACUGCAUCGACAACGACAGAAAGUUCAACCACUGCCUCAACAUCCGAAGAAUCAACCACUGAAUCGACAACGACCGAAGAAUCAACCAUAGCCUCGACAACGACAGAAGGCUCAACCACUGCCUCAUCAUCCGAAGAAUCAACCACUGCCUCAACAACGACAGAAGGCUCAACCACUGCCUCAUCAUCCGAAGAAUCAACCACUGCCUCGACAGCGACCAAAGGCUCAACAACUGCCUCGACAAUGACACCUUCGACAGAAGAAUCAACCACUCCAUCAACAACGACAGAAGCUUUAACUACUGCCUCGACAACGACAGACUCUUCGUCAGCAACCGACUCAACAACAAAACCAACACCAGAGACGACAGAACCAGUUACAGACUCAACAACAGACUCGACCACAAUAUCGUCAACAGCAUCUUCAACAACAACCACGGCAACAUUGACAACACCAGUAUGCGAUUCAUCUUCCCCAAAUUAUCAUUGCUACUCCAAAUUCAGCUAUAUAGGUGACGAAUGGUGUCACGACAACUGCCUACUCGGCCACUGCCCAAACCAUAUAUGCUAUUGCGCAUGUCCGGAAGGAGAGGACACUGGGGUUCGACCUAGACCUCCAAGUGAACGAAAGUGCGUUCCUCAGUCCAGACCAGACUUUGCCUUGUGGUGCGCGUCCUAUUACAACAUCGCUAAGGAGUGCCCCACGGCCUUCUGCAGGAUUACCUUUGCGUAGAUCUGCCAUGUCAGUGUUUUCAGAUUUGUAAAAUAUAUUUAUGCUCAGGCGCAGAGUGAUCUAUUGUUUUUAUAUAUGUUUGUCUGUUAAAGAUUUUAUAUGUGCAAUCUGCCAUUUAAAAUAUGCGAUUUCAA